GUACUGGGGGUUUCGAUAGUAUGUACUAAAUUACUUUGUACGAAUGCACAUCUCGGCCGUCGGGUAGCUGAUCACCAUUUCAAAGUCUAUAUCCGUGGUUCAAGAAAUGGAAUUGCUAUUCUCGAUUCAGACAAGACACUGAUUUGUUUACGAAACGCUCUUCAUUUUAUAGGAUCUCCCAGUCGUCAAAAAGGCCGUUCCUUCUUUUUAAAGACCAAUCAUUUAUUUUAUUUGGAGAUAAUGGAAGAAAUGGCGAGCUAUUUAAGAAGCUAUUUAAGAAAUGUGAAUUCUCAUUGUUUCGAUGAUUCUCAAUGGAAGAUCGGGGCGUUUUUGACCAAUUCUUUUGCAAAUAAAAAAAAAUUCCGUUCAAGAAAGAAGAAGAUCCAUUUUGGGCUGAACCAACAACCUGAUUGUGUGGUUAUUCUGAAUGCAGAUAGAAAGUCUUCGGUCAUACUGGAAGCUGAUCGAUCACAAAUACCUAUACCAUCCUUAGGUGAUUCUACGAUCCCAUGGGAAUCCUAUAAAAGAAUCACUUAUCCCAUCCCAUCUAGGGAUACUAUAGAAAUAGUUUACUUUUUUUGUCAUUCGAUCAUGAAAACAGUGAUCAUUGAACAGAAAGCGAUGACGGUGGAAACUAAAUCCCGAAUCAAAAAAACCAAUUCCACUUUCCCUAGGGGGACCAUGGUGAGAGGAGCCUCCUCCUCAACCUCUUCCCCAAAAAGGGGAAGGGGAAACUAUUAUUGCAUUUGGAGGCUUCUUUUCACUCUAGCGGCUGUUGUGGUAGCAACCGUUUUUUUACAAGUUGAUCCCUCUUUUUUCGCGUCCGAUCAAGCUAGGGAACUUCUAAUCGAAUGGAUUAUAUCACUUUCGCAAUCUGCUUAUCAUAUUUUGAGGGCAAUUUUGGAAGAAACCUGGAAUGGACGUGAGCGCUGUGCUCCCAUGGGAGGGACGGAACUGGAAAGUCCUUCCCGUUCGGGGGAGGAAACGUACAAAGCCCCACACGUUCAUCUAAUGCUAUCAUCUGAUAGUGAUAGUGAUAGCGUUAACCAAGGGGGUGGGAGCGAUUUAAGUAUUGACCUCAGCCGAACGGCUGAGUGUCAGGAACAUAUUCGGCAAUAUGCCGAAACAAUAAAAGAUUUUAGAAUUGACGAGCAAUUUGAGAGUUUCAAAAACGAUGAAUUCACUAAACCGCUCUAUGAGCAAUUAUGUGCCUACGUGGGAGACGCGGAUGCUGUCAAAAACGAAUGUCUCCGGGAAAUCUCGGAGAACUUUGAUUCAACAGACGCCGGAUUAAUUGAUUUCGUCAAGCAGACGGAUACUAGUGAAGGGCAAAGAGUAGUUAUAUUUGAUCUUAUCAAGCUUCAUAUUCUAGAUGAGCUAGAUAAACUCCCACCCGAACUACAACUAAAUGCAAUGAGAUAUACUAACUUAUUAUUCACACGAGUAGCUAAUAAAGAAUGGGGGAAGUACGUAAUAGGUCUCAAAUUUUCUGAUAACAAGAAUGACUACUGUAUUCACCACUAA